AUGUCGGGCGGGGGUCCCGUCGGGGGGUCGGGGCGGCUGGACAUCAACCGGGCGGGGGCGGCGGAGCUGGAGCGGGCGCUGGUGGGCAUCGGGCGCCGCCGGGCCAGGGGCAUCGUGCGCAAGAGGGAGGAGCUGAAGGGCUUCGUGUCGCUGGAGGACCUGCUGCGCGUCAAGGGCAUCACCGCCCGCACCCUGGAGCUCAACAGCCACCGCCUGGCCUGCAGCUGCACCCGCCACGGCCCCGGCGCCCAGGUAGACACCCCCGCGGGCAGGGCAGAGCCGAGGGGGCGGGCGGGCGCCGGCAGUUCUUGCGCCCCGCGGGGGGCCGCCGAGGCCGAGCAGAGCGGCGGCGGCAGCAGCAGCAGCAGCGAGGACGACGAUGAAGAUGGUGGCGAUGGCGGCGGCAGCGCGGGGGGAGGGGACGUCUACUUUUACUGCACGGUGGACGAGCGCUGGAUCGACUACCUGGAGCGCACCGAGGGCGGCGGCCUCAUCCGCCACGCCCGCCCCAAGAUGAAGCGGAAGUCGGAGGGCAGUCCGGACAGCAGAGCCCAGUCCCCUGGGAAGAAGCUGUGCAAGAGUUCUGAGCUUGGCAGGGUGUUGGGCCCCUGUGUGGCAAGCCCGACAGCGACCUUUGGCGACCUGCGAAAUGCCAAGGCGGCUCAGGCCCGCUGCCGCCAUGUCCCCUCCGUGACUCCCCCCCCUGAGCUCCAGGACUGGCUGCGCACCUUCCAGCGUUGGAGUGGCCCUGAGAAGCUGCUGGCCCUGGAUGAGCUCAUAGACCGUUGUGAGCCCCCCCAGAUCAAGCACAUGAUGCAAGUGAUAGAGCCCCAGUUCCAGCGGGACUUCAUCUCGCUUCUGCCCAAGGAGUUGGCGCUCUACGUGCUCUCCUUCCUGGAGCCCCGGGACCUGCUCCGUGCUGCCCAGACGUGCCGGUACUGGCGCAUCUUGGCCGAGGAUAACCUGCUCUGGCGGGAGAAGUGCCGUGAUGUGGGCAUCGAAGAGCCCUUGAGUCUGCGCAAGCGGCGGCUGCUCAGCCCAGGCUUCAUGUACAGCCCCUGGAAACUGGCCUUCCUGAGGCAGCACCGGAUCGACAUGAACUGGCGCAGUGGGGAUGCCCGGCACCCAAAGGUUCUGAAAGGGCACGACGACCACGUCAUCACCUGCCUCCAGUUCUGUGGCAACCGCAUCGUCAGCGGCUCGGAUGACAACACGCUCAAGGUGUGGUCGGCUGUCACGGGGGAGUGCGUGCAGACUCUCGUGGGCCACACGGGCGGCGUCUGGUCCUCUCAGAUGAGGGACAACAUUGUCAUCAGCGGCUCCACCGACCGGACCUUGAAGGUGUGGAAUGCGGACACGGGGGAGUGCGUGCACACCCUCUAUGGGCACACGUCCACUGUGCGCUGCAUGCAUCUGCACGGCACCAGGGUGGUGAGUGGGUCUCGGGAUGCCACUCUCCGCUUGUGGGACAUCGAGACGGGGCAGUGUCUGCACGUGCUGAUGGGCCACGUGGCGGCUGUGCGCUGUGUCCAGUACGACGGGCAGAAGGUGGUGAGCGGGGCCUACGACUACACGGUGAAGGUCUGGGACCCGGAGACCGAGAGCUGCAUCCAUACCCUGCAAGGCCACACAAACCGGGUCUACUCCCUGCAGUUCGACGGGAUCCACAUCGUCAGCGGCUCUCUGGACACGUCGAUCCGGGUGUGGGAUGCGGAGAGCGGCAACUGCCUCCACACCCUGAUGGGGCACCAGUCCCUGACGAGCGGCAUGGAGCUGCGGGACAACAUCUUGGUCUCCGGCAACGCCGACUCCACGGUCAAAAUCUGGGACAUCAAGACGGGCCAGUGCCUGCAGACGCUGCAAGGUCCCAGCAAGCACCAGAGUGCCGUGACGUGCUUGCAGUUCAGCUCGAAGUUUGUGGUCACCAGCUCCGAUGACGGCACGGUCAAGCUGUGGGACCUGAAGACGGGGGACUUUGUGCGCAACCUGGUGGCCCUGGGGAGUGGCGGCAGUGGAGGGGUCGUGUGGCGCAUCCGGGCCUCCAACACCAAGCUGGUCUGUGCUGUUGGAAGCCGCAACGGGACGGAGGAGACGAAGCUGCUGGUGCUGGACUUUGACGUGCCUCUGAAAUGAGGCUGGGGGGGAGGGGGGAAGACCCUGCAGGACGGGGGCAGUGGGGGGGGAUGGCGGGUGCUGCCGGUCUUUGAAGCACCUUAUUUAUAGGGGGGGGCAAAGCGGAGGAGCACAGGGGGGCCUGGUUUUGUACACAUGAAUAAUAUAUCUCUUUAUUUCUG